AAUUAAAUAAUAUGUAUAGCCAGAAUUCCUUUUCAUUUAAUUAUUCUCCUUCCUUGUUCUUCACUUUGACGCAGAUAUUUUGGCACUUUAAAGGGUCUUCUGGGAAAUAUGAAUGUAAAGGCGGUGCUCUAACUGUAAAGAACGAAAACAGGUCCCGCAGGGAACACGCGCAACGAGGCGUUCAGAGGAAGUUCUAGCGGGCGGUUGACGCUUAUCGAGGUAUUUCGCUCCGGCUGUUUCAGAGAAAGAAAGAAAAAAAAAAAAAGCCGCCCAGCUGCAGCGACUGACCAUGUUCUGCGGUCUUAUGUUCUCUGCUGAAAGAAGCAAGCGGCUGUUUUUAUUCGCACAGGUCGGGUUGCGAGGAAGAGAGACAAGUUGAGGCGGCGCGCGGACUGACGGAGCUCCGCGAGAAGGCGAACGGCGGAACGCGCGUGCGAACGGCGGGAGAGGGAAGUGUGAAUCGUGCACGCCGCGCUGAGCGCCGAACUCUGAAUGUACGAAAGUCUGAGUGCUGAGCUCUGACCAAACACCUAACUCUGGAUGUUAAUCGGGGAGCGGCGUGUCCGAACACACUGGUGUCGCCCGUGCGGACCUGCUGCUGCUGCUGCGCGAGGGACAGCGACAGCGCAUUCGACCCCCUGCUGUAAGAGACUGUACCUGUGUCUGCGGAAGGAAGGAAAACAGGUCAGCAUUUUUGAUCUGCUCUGUAGGACAAAAGGAUGAAAAUGACUAACUGCUCCCAGGACGUACCAGCUGGAGUUCAGAUAUUCUAUAUCGCCGUGGGUGUUCCAACAUUCAUCUUUGGACUGUUGGUUAAUGUCGCUUUCUUAGUGGCGCUAUGCUAUAGCCAAAGAAACACUUGGACAUACAUGAUGGUCUACAUUGUGAACAUGGCCUUUUCAGACACCAUUGUUCUGAUAUUUUUGCCUGUUAAAAUGUACUCCUUCUAUAAUCAAUGGAAUUUUGUACAGCUCUGCUUGUUCUUUGUGUCCUCUUACUUUGUGAACAUGUAUGUCAGCAUCUUUACAGUCACUGCCAUAAGCGUGGUUCGAUAUGUUGCCAUCAAGUACCCUUUCCGAGCACUAGAGAUUAUGUCUCCCCGGAAGGCUGUGAUUGUGUGUGUGCUGAUCUGGCUGACCAUUUGCUCACUGAGCUACAUUUUCCAUUUUGUGGAUAGCCCAGGUGACAAUGCCACCAACAUCACUUGUUUUCAGAAGAUCAAGAAUGAUGCCUUUCCCCUUGAGUUCAUUCUGGUUUUAGAGAUAGUAGGUUUCCUCCUGCCUCUGAUUAUUAUGAGCUUUUGUUCAAUUAAAAUUGUCAUGUAUUUGUACAAGAAGACUGAUAUUAGCUCAGCCAGUGAGAAAACCCAGUGCAUUGGCAUUAUCAUCACCAAUCUCAUUGUUUUUAUAUUAUGCUUUACUCCUUUGCAUCUGAGCUUCCUGUUCAAGUUUCUUGUCCAGACCUACUACCCGGGCAGCUGCCAGCUUUACAAACUUGCACACAGCUUUGUUCAUAUAGCAACCUGCAUUUCCCAUACCAACUGUUGCUUUGAUGUUUUCAGCUACUACUUCUUGACCAGCAGUUUCUGGAAGCGGCUUUCAGCAUCUUUCCAGCUGAACAGAAAUACUUGUUGCUUUACAAAGAAUUCCGUUUUAUAAGUUUACCUUUAUUCAUUUAGCAGACACUUUUCUCCAUAGCAACUACUAAUGAACUCUAUGUAGUAGUAACAGCCUACACCUUACUCACCAAAGAGGUACCAGUGUACCUCUAGAAACACUACUUACAAUGAGCCGCUCAUCCAAACAUACUUUCACUCUGUCACUCACACACAGUAUGGGUAACUUUAGAGUUACCAGUGCACAUGAGUAGCAAGUUUUUGCACUGUAAGGGAACCAUGCAGACACAGGGAGAACAUAAAAACUCUACACAGACUGAGCAGGGCUCAAACCCAAGUCCUCUAGCACUACCCAGGUUCUGUGAGAAAGCAGUGCUACUCACUGUAGCAUCCAUGACUAAGUGACUAAGGCACAUAUAUCAACUGUGAAUAUCUGCUUGGAUCCAGGCAGCACAUGUAACAGUGGUUGUAAAGUGGACUUGAAACCAGAGUUUACAGUUCCAGUCCAGUGAAGGGUACUGCAGUUGUAUCCUUGAAUGAUGAUCCUAAACUGAAUUGCUUCACUAUAACUAUUCAGCUGUAUAAGGAGUAAAAUUGUAUUUUCUGAAAACAGUAUCUUCUCAGAAACAAUAGUAUACAAAGCUGGUGAUCCUCAUGUAACAUUAUAGUACAUUUAACUUGUGGUAUUUCACUUAUUCAGUAUAACUUUCUAUGUUUAUAUUUUUAUCAUUUAUAUGUUAUUUUUGCUGUUUCAGAUAUACAUGCAUUUUUGUGUGGAUAGGCAGCUCUUGAGAUCUUUUCUGCAAACUGACACACUGUUUAACAUACAGUAAUACAAAGUAUUUCAUAUUAAAAUGAAAGUGGUUAAUA